AACUCAUGUGCCCCAUCAAUUGCUAUUUUCUCCAGUCAAUCAUCAUUCAUCAAUAUUCAAUGCUCAUAAUGCCCUUAUCCUCCUCUUGAAUCUUCCUAAAACCCUCCACCAUAAUCAAAAUGCCUUCAAAAUCGUUGUCGAUCUUUUCCUCUAUUCCUCCAGUUCCUCACCAAUUGCAAAACCCCUUCUCAAAUCCACACCUCCAUUUCAAAACCCAAUUUCCUAAAUUCUCUAUCAUCAAGUGUAGCUCAACAACUGCCCCAAAUUCAGAGCCUCAACUCCAUGGCAAUCCUCCAACCCAGAUACCAUUUCCAGAACCCGAAACCGAAGGCAUUGGAGCAGCUGCCCCGACCCGAGGGCAGCACUUUCUUGAGCACCAUCAAGCUAAAGUGGCUUCAACAACGGUGCUUGCUGCUAAUAAGAAGAGAAAGAAGAAAGAGAAGCCUUUUAAGGUAAUAAAUUCUGUUGCUUGUUGUUAUGGUUGUGGAGCUCCUUUGCAAACAUUGGAAGUUGAUGGUCCGGGUUAUGUUGACCCAGAUACAUAUGAGCUGAAAAAAAAGCAUCGCCAGCUUAAAACUAUCCUUUGUGGAAGAUGUCGUCUUCUUUCACAUGGUCACAUGAUCACUGCUGUUGGUGGACACGGAGGUUAUGCCGGGGGAAAGCAAUUUGUUACUGCUGAGGAACUACGUGAUAAGCUUUCUCACUUGCGCCAUGAGAAAGCAUUGAUUGUUAAAUUGGUGGACAUUGUUGACUUUAAUGGUAGUUUUUUGUCUCGAGUGCGUGAUCUUGCAGGUGCAAAUCCGAUAAUAUUGGUUGUGACCAAGAUUGAUCUCCUUCCAAAAGGGACUGACUUGAAUUGUAUUGGUGAUUGGAUAGUGGAGGCUACUACAAAGAAAAAACUCAAUGUCUUAAGUGUUCAUAUGACGAGUUCAAAAUCUUUGGUUGGAAUAGCUGGAGUUGUUGCAGAAAUUCAGCAAGAGAAAAAGGGACGGGAUGUAUACAUUUUGGGCUCAGCUAAUGUUGGAAAAUCGGCUUUUAUAAAUGCUAUGCUAAUGAUGAUGGGAGAAAAGGAUCCUGUGGCUGCUGCAGCUCAAAAGUAUAAGCCCAUUCAAUCUGCUGUUCCAGGAACUACCUUGGGUCCUAUUCCCAUUGAUGCCUUCUUUGGAGGAGGGAAAUUAUAUGACACCCCCGGGGUGCAUCUUCACCAUAGGCAAGGCGCAGUUGUCCACUCGGAUGAUUUACCAGCCUUAGCCCCUCGGAGCCGUCUGAAGGGUCUAUCGAUUCCAAGCAACAAAGAAACCAUUUUGAAAUCUCGUGGAUUGAAUGGUUUCUCCAUUUUCUGGGGCGGUCUUGUCAGAAUUGAUAUCUUAAAGGUUCGCCGGUGUACUCGGUUGACCUUCUAUGGACCGAAGGCUUUGGAGAUUCAUAUGGUGCCGAUAGUAGAAGCUAACGACUUUUACAAGAAAGAAAUAGGAGUUUUACUAACACCUCCAACCGGAAAGCAAAGAACGAACGACUGGAAAGGGCUUGAAACUGUACGGAGGUUGCAAUUACGAUACGACGACACAGAUAGACCUUGUUCUGAUAUAGCGAUUUCUGGUCUUGGAUGGAUCUCCAUCGAACCAAAUAGCAAAGAAAUCAGAAUGUCUGAUUCAACGCUCGAAUUUGUUGACAACGAACUACAAUUUAAUAUUCAUGUUCCGAAACCUGUAGAAAUUUUUGUUCGAUCUCCCUUGCCUGUGGGUAAGGCUGGAAGCGAGUGGUAUGAAUAUAGGGACCUAACAGAAGAGGAAGAAGAAGCCAGACCUAAGUGGUAUUACUAGUGUGAUUGUUAAAUAGGACUAUUGUAACAAUUAUCAAUCAAUUUGAUUGACUAAUGUAUAAUAGGCCAUAUUACUAUUCUUUAUAUUAAAUUUUUGAAAAAAAAAUUAAUUUUUUUUGGUCGAA